AUGGAACGGGGCGGUGGUGGGACGGGCUCCGGUGCCCUGGACUCCAUGGCCGAUGCCAGUGGGCUGUGCCUGCAGGAUCUGGUUAGUAAUGGCGGAGGCGGCGGUGGUGGUGGUGGAGGAGGAGGGGGUGGUGGAACGGUUCCUAAUGGUAACGCAGAUCAUCACAUGCACCACAACCACAACAGCCAUAACCAUCAUGGAUCUUUGCACGAUUCUGUGUCUGCUGGUGGGGUCAGUGUGAGUUCCGCCCUGACUAGCCUAAUGAGUCCCGGAAUCAAUAGUGGGCUUGGGCAUUUACAUCACGGAACACCGGAUCUCAGUGCGCAUCACCAUCACCACCAGCAUCCGUCGUCGGUGCUGCACGAGCCGCUGGAAAAGCUGAAGUUGUGGGCCGAGACGGGUGAUUUUCGUGAUAAUAGUCAUAGUGCAAUGUCAGCCGUUACCAGCAUCGACCACACGCAGAUGGGCUUCCAGUCGUCGACGGUGCGGAACCGGAGUAAUCGGGAUCGAAAGCAUGACGUCACACGUGUCGAUCCGACGUCGGUGAAAACGGAAAACAUCAGCAGCGGCCUGUCCCACGAGGACAACGGCAGUGCACCGGGCGCGACGAUAUCGCAGGACGGCAGCGGGCCCGGUGGCAACGAGCAGGGGGGCACCAAAAACGACAAGAAAAACAAACGGCAGCGCCGCCAGCGGACACACUUCACCUCGCAGCAGUUGCACGAACUGGAGCAGACCUUCAGCAGGAACCGCUAUCCGGACAUGUCGACCCGGGAGGAAAUCGCCAUGUGGACGAACCUGACCGAGGCCCGAGUUAGGGUGUGGUUCAAGAACCGUCGGGCAAAAUGGCGCAAACGGGAACGGAAUCAGAUGAAUGCGAUAGCGGCGGCGGACUUCAAGAAUGGAUUCGGGCCGCAAUUUGUGCAACCGUUUGCCGAUACGGACAGUCUGUACUCGUCGUACUCGUACAACAACUGGGCGAAGGUACCGUCGCCGCUGGGUGCCAAAACGUUCCCGUGGACGGUAAAUCCCCUGGGGACGUCGAUAGUGUCGUCGAAUCACCACCAGAACUCAAUCAAUUGCUUUAAUACAUCAGCCUCGUCGGUGGCGGCCGGGAUGGGAACCGGAACAAUACUGCCCGGCAGUAUGGGGACUAGUUUGGGAGGAACGACCGGCGGCACUGGAGUGUCCCCAACGCCCUGUCCGUACACUACCCCAACCAAUCCGUACAGCAUGUACCAUCAUCGGGCAACGGCGGAACCCUGCACGGCAAUGACCUCCAGUAUUGCGACGCUGAGAUUGAAAGCAAAGCAACACGCCUCCGGUUUCUCUAGUCCAUACUCGGCACCGUCACCGGUAUCAAGAUCCAAUUCGGCCGGCCUAUCCGCAUGUCAGUACGCCGGUGUCACGGAUUCUGUCUGA